CCCUGAAUGAAAACAUUCAGAGUUCAGUGUUUCUGAACGUUCAACCAGUUGAUACGAUAGAAACAAAAAAUAAGAGCUCGAUAAAUUCUGAUUUCCAUGUUCUUUACUGCUGACAGGACUCAGAUCUCAUUUCUUUGGAUUCUGUAUGACACAAUGUUUCACCCAUGCUGCAUCACAGAUAGCAUCACAAACAUUAGCAUCACAGAUAGCAUCACAAACUUUAGCAUCACAGAUAGCAUCACAAACUUUAGCAUCACAAACAUUAGCAUCACAGAUAGCACCACAAACUUUAGCAUCACAGAUUGCAUCACAGAUAGCAUCACAAACAUUAGCAUCACAGAUAGCAUCACAAACAUUAGCAUCACAGAUAGCAUCACAGAUAGCAUCACAGAUAGCAUCACAGAUAGCAUCACAAACAAUAGCAUCACAAACAUUAGCAUCACAAAUAGCACCACAAACAUUAGCAUCACAGAUUGCAUCACAAACAUUAGCAUCACAGAUAGCAUCACAGAUAGCACCACAAACUUUAGCAUCACAGACAUUAGCAUCACAAACAUUAACAUCACAGAUAGCAUCACAGACAUUAGCAUCACAAACAUUAACAUCACAGAUAGCAUCACAGACAUUAGCAUCACAAACAUUAACAUCACAGAUAGCAUCACAGACAUUAGCAUCACAAACAUUAACAUCACAGAUAGCAUCACAGACAUUAGCAUCACAAACAUUAACAUCACAGAUAGCAUCACAGACAUUAGCAUCACAGACAUUAGCAUCACAAACAUUAACAUCACAAACAUUAGCAUCACAAACAUUAGCAUCACAAACAUUAGCAUCACAAACAGUGUUUUUGUGUCAAGUUUCUUCCUUUGGAGCUGGUCUGGGAUCACAGAUGUGUGAAUGUUUCCCAGGGUCAAGGUUCUGGUUCUGAUGAUUCUGU